UCACAGCUAAAUACCAGGCCGGAGCGCUUAUUUAUUUUUGUAAAUUUUUAUCAUCAUUCCAUUUUGGCCGAGUUGGAGUGUGAGAUCCUCAAAUUUUUAUUGAAAUUUGGAUCAUUUUUAGGAUAAAUAUCAAAAAUUCAGUAAAAAAUGGCCGAUUCCAGCGCUAAAAAAGAAUCAAAACCGAAGGUGAAGGAAGGCGCUAAAUUGCCGGCUGUACCGGAACCAGUGCUGAAACGGUACAAAUCCCGUCUCACCCAUAAGAAAAAAUCUCUAACCAAACAAUUAAAAGCCAGACAAACCAGAUAUAUCAACAAACAAAAAUGGUUGAAACGUGCCGAAAAAUACGUCCGCGAGUACAGAAACAAGGAACGCGAUCAAUUACGUUUGGCGAGGAAUGCCAAGAAAGCUGGCAACUAUUAUAUUCCCGCUGAACCGAGAUUAGCUUUCGUUAUGCGUAUCCGAGGUAUCAAUCAGAUCCCACCCAAAGUUCGUAAAGUUUUGCAACUGUUCCGUCUUCGUCAAAUAAACAACGGAGUAUUCGUGAAAUUAAACAAGGCUACUAUCAAUAUGUUACGUGUCUGCGAACCCUACAUCACCUGGGGUUACCCGAACUUGAAAAGUGUACGCGAUUUGGUUUACAAGAGAGGUUACGCUAAAAUUAAGGGUCAACGAAUUCCUAUCACCAACAAUCGUAUGAUUCAAAAGAAAUUAGGAAAGUACGGAAUCAUCUGUACGGAAGAUUUAGUACACUCCAUUUAUACAUCUGAUCGCGUAUUCAAACAUGCCUCUCGAUUCUUCUGGCCUUUCAAACUGAACACGCCUACUGGUGGCUGGCGCAAGAAGACGACUCACUAUGUCGAAGGUGGAGAUUUCGGUAACCGCGAAGACCAUAUUAAUAAGCUUUUGAGAAAGAUGAUUUAAUGGACGAUUUGUUAUUGGAUUUUUACAUAAAUAUGUUAAAAUUUC